AUGAUUAGGAGAGGUUCAGAGCUAUCCUUUCACAUAGAAGACGAUGCAUCACCACUGCUGGAAGAUGCUGUCAAAAGAGUUGAUUCGAUUUUAGCUAGUCAAAACCGAGCCAUAUCAUACCUUGUUGGCCAAUAUCGCAAUUCAAAAUGGUCUCGAGACCAUAUGAAGGCCGCUCUCAAGAUAUUGAACAAUUCGUUGAAUCAGGGCGGAAAGGUCGUUGUCAGCGGAAUAGGAAAAUCGUAUAAGAUUGCUGGCAAAACUGUGGCUACAUUAAAUUCUCUGAGUGUUCACUCUGCCUUACUGCACCCAUCAGAAGCCUUACAUGGCGAUUUGGGAAUAAUUAGAGAAGAUCACCACGACUCUUUGAUCAUUAUAUCGGCAUCUGGAAACUCUCCAGAGCUUACCACUUUACUUGAAUAUGUGCCAGCUUCAGUUCCUGUUGUGUUGGUUACAUGCACAAAAGUGUCUGCCUUAUCGAAACAUCCAAAGGUCAAAGCUCUUUUUUAUGCAGAGCUGCCACCCAAGGUCUCAGAAAAAAACCUCUAUGGUCUCCAGGCACCUACAAUAACCACCACCAUAUGCCUCACAUUACUGGACGGAGUUAGUAUUGCCCUCUCAGAAUUACAUAUCAAGGACUUAGAGGUGAGACAAAAAAGAUUUGGCGAUCGACACCCUGGCGGCGCAAUAGGACUCCAUUACUUACAGGAUCUGGAUCAGACGCGGCAAUUGAACGGGUCGAAUGGAUCGAACUCAGAAUUUUCAUCGACUGAAAAAUCAAUCUCCGAGGCCUCAAGCGAAUCUGUUUAUGAGCAGCCCAAUUUGCAAGAUGAUGAAUUUGAAAAUACAAGCGACAUCUUAGAGCUGCCAAAUAUGAAAUUGCUCAACGAAAUCAAAUUAUCAGUUUCCAAGAUCACUCUACAGCGGAUGCCUCAAGAUGAGCUGGAGCUUUUGAGGCUGGCAUUGACGUAUGACUUUUUACUGGUGAUGAACGACGACACAUCUCAAGGUAUCAGAACUAAGAAUCUGUUGGAUAUUUAUCGCAAAAGCAAACUGCAGGAGGACUCUUGGGACGAGAUCCUGUGGAAAAUUAAUGACUCGUUUACCAAAUUAAGUUUAUAA